AUGUCCGCAAAGAAAUCUAACAAGAAGGGUCAAAAUCUGAAGAGAGAAGUAAGGCCAGAAGUAUUCCAGGAUUCACAAGCUAGGAAUCAAUUAGCUAAUGUUCCUCAUUUAACUGAAAGAUCAAAAUUUAAAAAACCAAGUAAGUUACAAGUUAGUAAAGAGCAAGCGACAGCUAGAUUAUAUGGUGCUAAAAAAAAAACUAGAACCUAUACAGACAAAGAAUUAGACAUUCCUACUUUAAACAGGGCCAUUGUCCCCGGUGUAAAAAUUAGGAGAGGUAAGAAAGGUAAAAGGUUUGUGGAUGAUCAUGAUUUAUUGGCAAUGAAUAGACUGGUUAAAACAAUUGGAGAUAAAUAUGAUGAUGUCAACGAGAGCAAAUUAGAAAAAGCUAGAAGAUUAGAAGAAAUACGUGAAAUAAAAAGAAAAGAAAUUGAAGAAAGAGAAUCUCUAAAACAGAAUAAGUUAGAGGAGAAGAAGGAUGAAAUUAAAAAAAAUCAUCUGUUGCAAGGUCAUUGCGUAGAAAAAACAAACGUGAACUAG